CGAUUUUUCUUAUUCGGUGAUAAGUGAAUUAUUUUGCAUUCUCAGGCAAAGCUAACGAGCCGGACGGAAAAUGGAUUUCGGUUGUUAAAAGUGAUUGGUCCCUGUACAUGUGUUUUCGCUAAUUGGAAGUCUAGUUAGCGACAGUAGUGCCUAUCAGAAAGUAGCAAUGUAAUAGGUAAACGAAGAGAGCAGAGACGAUCUCGGUGUGAACAGUGACUGGUCAGCCGAUGUGCCGAAUAAACAUCGUAGUUCACCGAUAAUACCCGAAGUCGUAAGGUGGCGAAAGAGACUAUUGAUGCGAGUGAGACAGAGAAACUCGUGCGAGUGCCAUGGUGAAGCGACGUCACUGUCGUUGAAAUACGUGCAAAAGAAAAUUUGGAGUGAUUUUAAGACGCUGAUGGUUACUGUCCGCUACGGUGACUUUCCCGUGAUAGAUCGCCGCGUGUUGACGAAGUGUUCCGUUGCUUAUGUACAGGUGAUAAAAAGAAAGAUUUGCCGUAAGAUUUCUGGAGGAAAAAACUAGUACGUAUACUCUCACGGAGUAGCAAGUAGUGCGAUAUUAUUACGUGUAUGUGCCGGCGUCUAGAAUAUACAUUUUGUGCUGUCGCGUAAUCGGUGUUCCGAUCAUAACAACGAUCCACUGUGUUAAAUAGAAAAGAGUAUUCGCUGAGUUCACGUUUUCUUACUUGUUACAAUCUCACGUUGAGACUAGCUAUGCGAGAAAGGGAUAAAUCGGUAACUGGCUGGUGGCAGCCAUUUUCCAGAUGAGUUUUCCCCUUUCUUUCGAUAAGCAAAAUGCGCUAUGCCGUGAAAGAGAAGGAAAAAGGUAGUUAGAUAGAGCAGAGAGGAAAGGGACAAAAACUAAGUAGGAGGAAGAAACGGGUGUUUUUAUUAUGUUUCACAAGAUUCGACGAAGCUAGGAGUUUAUUUAACGAUUUCAAGAAACUGACAAAAGUGCAUCAAGAGUGCAUAUUUCUGACAAAAUAUAUUUGUGAUGUGAUAUAAUAGAACAAAUUGGAUGUCAGUGUAAUAAUAUAGUGCCAACUUUACAGAUGGAUAAACAGGGAUGACUGAUAAUUGUUGGAAUUCUGGUGGUGGCGCUGGUGUCAAGAUGGAGCACUUUCAGGCCACCCUGGACCCAAGGAAGCAGGAGUUAUUGGAGGCCCGUUUUCUCGGAGCACGGGACUACCCACGAGAGCAUCCAUAGUCCAAGACCAUAUCUUGACGCUUAUCUGGAUAGGUGUUUCGAGAAUUCCGAAUGUCUGCUGGGUCACAAAUUCAGAUGGCACCUCAAUCAACUGUAAACUCUGGUCAGUCAGUUCAUAGUCAAGACUCGAACAUGAGCACUGGCUCAUCACAUAGUGAUAAGGAGGUAGAUCCAAACACUCCAGAAAAGGUACCAAGAACUCCUUCGGAAAGGAAAAGAAAACGUAAAGCUGAUGAUGGAGGUGGAGGAGUUACUGGGGGACCUAUAGGAAGUAAAGGGUCUAGAUCUGUUGCUGCUCUUGAAAAUAAAAAAAUAAAUGAGUAUUUUUCAAAGCAUCAUUUGGGUAAUAGCCCCAUUCGGCAUGGGGGUGCUAAAAGUCCUUCACCUCAACAAGGAUAUCCUAUGUAUCCACCAUCGCCUCAACAACUCCUUUCACCGCAAGUAACAACACCCAAUUCUUCAGUGGCAGAAUUUUCUUCACUGAUGCAGCCGCCAAGACCUCAUCCUCAACCUCCACCUCCUCCUCCACCAGCCUCAACGCAACCUGCAGGCUCAAUGGUCAGCAAGCAGGUGCAGGUAAGGCCUACCAACCUCAGUAGGACAAGCCAGGUCAGGCAAGCGAAGACUAACACCCCAAAUACAGAACUUACUUGCCAGAGGAUACAAGAAUUUGAAACUCAAGCCUCUUCAGAUUUAGAAUUACGUAAUAACAAAAUUGAUGAAUUAAAUAGAACAACUGAUGAACUUAGGCAUCAAAUGGCUAAUCAACAAAAACUAAUUGAACAGCACAAAUCUCAUAUAAAUAAGUGUAUAGAUGUUGUAAAGAAGUUAUUAAAAGAAAAAUCAAACAUAGAAAAAAAGGAGGCUAGGCAAAAAUGUAUGCAAAAUAGACUGAGGUUGGGCCAAUUUGUAACUCAAAGGGUGGGUGCAACAUUUCAAGAAAAUUGGACGGAUGGUUAUGCAUUUCAAGAAUUAGCACGACGACAAGAAGAAAUCGCAACUGAACGAGAAGAGAUCGAUAAACAAAAAAAGCUAUUACUCAAAAAGAGGCCAUCAAACAGUGAAACUGGUAGAAAACGUAGUCAGCCUCAACCUUCUUUGCACAAUGGCACGGAAGCUACAUUCUUAAAGCCAGAUGCAGUACCUGGGUCUUAUACGUGGCAAGAGUAUUAUGAAGCUGAUGAAAUACUCAAGUUAAGACAAAGUGCGUUGAAAAAAGAAGAUGCUGAUCUGCAACUAGAAAUGGAAAAACUUGAAAGAGAACGAAACUUGCACAUUAGAGAACUGAAACGUAUUCACAACGAGGACCAAUCGAGAUUCAAUUCUCAUCCUGUAUUGAACGAACGUUACCUUUUACUAAUGUUGUUAGGAAAAGGUGGUUUCAGUGAAGUGCAUAAGGCAUUUGACUUAAAAGAGCAACGAUAUGUCGCUUGUAAAGUGCAUCAACUGAAUAAAGACUGGAAAGAGGAUAAAAAAGCUAAUUAUAUUAAGCAUGCGUUACGAGAAUACAAUAUACAUAAAGCUCUUGAUCAUCCUCGUGUUGUGAAAUUGUAUGAUGUGUUUGAAAUUGACGCCAAUUCUUUUUGUACUGUCUUGGAAUAUUGUGAUGGCCAUGAUUUAGAUUUUUAUCUUAAGCAGCAUAAGACUAUACCUGAAAGAGAAGCAAGAUCUAUUGUUAUGCAAGUUGUAUCUGCAUUAAAGUACCUCAAUGAAAUAAAACCCCCAGUCAUACAUUAUGAUUUAAAGCCAGGUAAUAUAUUAUUAACUGAAGGUAAUGUUUGUGGAGAAAUAAAAAUUACAGAUUUUGGAUUAAGUAAAGUAAUGGAUGAAGAAAACUAUAAUCCAGAUCAUGGAAUGGAUUUAACAUCUCAAGGAGCUGGUACCUAUUGGUAUCUUCCACCAGAGUGUUUUGUUAUUGGUAAAAAUCCUCCAAAAAUAUCAUCAAAAGUUGAUGUUUGGAGUGUAGGAGUUAUAUUUUAUCAAUGUCUAUAUGGUAAAAAGCCUUUUGGACACAAUCAAUCUCAAGCCACAAUUUUAGAAGAGAAUACAAUUUUAAAAGCUACUGAAGUUCAAUUUGCAAAUAAACCAACUGUUAGCAACGAAGCGAAGAGUUUCAUAAGAAGUUGCCUAGCAUAUAGGAAAGAAGAACGUAUAGAUGUGUUGACAUUAGCUAGACACGAAUAUCUACAACCUCCAGUGCCAAAACAUGGCCGUCAAGCGAAUAAUCAGCAGCAGCAGCAACAACAACAACAGAUUCAACAGCAGCAACAAACCUCAUUUAGUAUUGGCAUGUUUAGUGGUAUGAACGCGUCAAGCAGUUCGUAGUGGAAAAGAACUAAAGACAAAAUCUUCAAUAUACUAAUACAUGCCAAAUCUUGAACAUUGAAUUGCACACCAUCUCAUCUUAGGAACAUAGCGAUUGCUAUAACGAAUUGUAAAUACUAAAAACCGGAUAAUAUCACCAUCACCAACGCCACGAUUACCACUACCACUACCACUACCACUACCACUACCACUACCACUACCACUACCACUACCACUACCACUACCACUACCACUACCACUACCACUACCACUACCACUACCACUCCACUACCGCCAUCACUACCACUUCCACCACACCUUUACAACUAUACUUACAGGCCGACUACAUAGGACAUUGCAAGAGAGAUGCGAGACUGGUCGUCGCAAGUCCAGAAGCUUGCGUCUUUCUACAAUACAAGCUACAUUAUUCAGCAUGACAAAAAAAUGUUGUGUUCGUAAAUAUUCAAUUGUAUUAUCGUUCCUUGUAUCAAACAGUGGGCUGACUUGAUAAUAGUGUUUAAAAAAGAAAUGAGAGAGACAGAUAAACAUGUGAUAAGUCAUUGUGAAUUAAAGUGAAGUUCAAAUUAAGAAGAAAAAGAAACAAAGGAAAUAUAGCGAUGGAGAUCGUUGCAAGUGAAAAUUACUCGGUGAAAAUAAAGAGAGCAACGGAAGAUAAAAUAUCCGAGGCAAAGCGCGGCGAAGCGUAGAGGGACUUUGCUUUUACGGAGACGUUCCUCUCUUCUGAAGUUACGUAUGGAUGAAUGAGUGUGACGAAAGAUUGUUAAAACUAGUGUGCGUGUAUAUAUUUAUACUAUAUAUAUAUAUAUACUAAUAAAUCCGAUAUAAUAUAUAUAUAUGGUGUAAAGAAACAGGACAGCAUUGACAGUGGAAAGACAACUGUGGUGGAUCCUCGCAUGACCUCCGUGCAGCCAAGUAUUCCAUGAAUAUUUGACUGCACAUCAUGUUACUUUAUUCAAAUAUUAACAUUAUUACUUAUAUCAUGACUAAUAACGAUUAACAUACACACACGAGGAGAUUUGGUUGGUUGUUCCUAUUCUGAAAUGAGUGGGCUUUAUCUACAUCGGAUUGAUUGGUCUAAGGUUCGAGUGCAAAGAAAGUAAAAGAAUCGCGAUGCUCCCAAAUAAAAAAAGAACAUACAGAAUCGUAGUCCACGGUUUAUAUGCUCCAUGCACAUGUACAUUUUUAAUCCAUAAUUUUCUAAUAGAGUGAUCCAUUUCUCUUUUUUUCUCUUUUUUUUAGAGUGGACUUCGGCGCGAUAAUUCUGAUCUUACAUUUUCGUGAUAUAUAACAAUUCGUAUAAUCAGGCAUUAAAAAUUUUUAAAGUAAGAUUCAUAAUGUUGUACCGACCUGGUUGCUAUUUCUUUAUUCAUAAUUUGUUUUAUAUAUGUACGUUAUAUAUAGAUAAUUAUGAAAUAGAAGAUUAAGUUAUUUUAUCAAGUGCCCUUGCUUUGUAUUAUAGUCGCGUCUGUCGACAACCUGCAGCUUUUGGGAGUACUAGAAAGUUGUUAAAAUGUUGUAAGUUGUUGGUACAAUGUGGGCACGGUAUUGAUGGUUUCAAUACCUACGUGAUUGGCAAAGAAUGGUCAGAGGAGAAUACAUUACAAGUCUGAACAGAGUCUACUACUAGAUCCAUCGCUUCUAUUCUAAAAGCCAACCGUUCCUGCUUCCCUCUCCUAUUUCUCUUGCGGUUUUUCAAAUUUAUUAAACAGGAAAGCGUAUACUUUUAAAAUUCCUCUACGAGGAAGUGCUUUUUGUAAACUAAGUUCUAAGACAAACUAGUCAGAAAAUGAAUAAAUUCAUUUAAUUUUUUUCCGAGGAGAGGUAUGCAUAAUUGUCAAAAUGUAAGAAGUUACAAUUUUUAGAUAUACAUAUUUAUAAUUAUCAUUUUCAUAUAAUUGAAAAAUUAUAAUCGAGCAAAAAUUCCCUAGUUUAGAAAUUUUGCUUGAACAUAAUAGUUAAAUUAAUUGUGAUUAGUUUUGUAAUAUUCUCUUGUAUUUAUUGUAGUUUAAAGUGACAAUUGAUGCAUACUGUUCUUGGACAAAAAGAAAAAAAAAAUAGCAUAUACUUUGGCCAGUAAAAUUUACGAAAAACACUUCUUUUAAAAAAAAAGGAUAUCGUUUUUCUACCACAAAAAGAUUAACUCAUUUAAUGAGAUAGUAAACUGAUGAAAGAACGAAAAAAGAUCAUUUAAUGAGCAUUUAUUCUAUGAAAUCUCAUUUGGGAUUAUUUGUAAUGAUAAAAAAGGAAACGAAUCUGCACCAAGCAGUGUUUAUAUAUGUUUUGCGAUAGAAGCAAUUUUGCAUUUGUAUAUAGUGAAGACUCCUUAAAAAUGCAUCGUUAAUAAAACUAUUAAAUGCAUAUAUCGAAAACAAAUUUUUAUUCAAGGAAUAAGAUUUUUUUCAUAGAAAAUUCAUUGCACAAAUAUCCAAAUAUUGCCUGAUCAGAUAAUAUUCUUUAAAAUUACGGGUCAACUUGAAAAGAAAAAAAGCAUUACAUAAUAAUAUUUCCAGCUCUACAUGCUUUUAUAACUAUGCAUGUCAGAGUUUGGAGUAUUAUUAUGCAUUUUAAAAGAAGAGGAAUUCAAAUAAUUCUUUAACAAACAAAGUUUUUUUUUUUAUCGCCCUUGCGUGUCAGCAUAGUCACGAUCUUCCUCACAAACAACAGGAAUUGCGUCGAGGAUGGUGUAUGAAACGUUAUAGCAAUAAAUUUACGUAUUUGUGUAUAAUUUAAAGUUAGUAAACUUAUUAAUUAAAUAUGAAUCACAUAUAA